AUGAAGUUCACAGCUUUACUCGCCGUCAUCGCCCCAGCCACCGCCCUCACCGGCAACAAUAGGAUAAAGACGCCCCGAGACGAAAAGGUCAGCUACGAAGGCUACCAGGUCUACCGCGUAUCGACAUCCAACGCACCACCAAACCAACUCGCCCACCUGCGCUCGUUCCCGUCCAUUGACCUCAAGGGCUCCGUCGAAGUCGCGAUCCCGCCCAGCGAGGUUGAAUCACUCAAGGCUCUGGGACUGCUAGACAACACGCAGCUUCUAGACGAUGACCUCGGACGGGCGAUCAGGGCCGAGUCCGAGGCCGAAAAGAAGCCCGGCUUGACCAAGAGGGGCGAGCUGCCGGACCUGAGCUGGUUCGACUCAUAUCACGCGUAUGACGACCACGUACAGUACUGGAGGGACCUCCACGCUGCGUUUCCCGACAACUCGGAGUGGCUGGACAUUGGUGCCUCGUAUGAGGGCCGCAACAUAUUCGGGCUGCGGCUUUGGGGGGGCGAGGACACGGGGACGAAGCCCGUUGUCCUCUGGCACAGCACCGUUCAUGCCAGGGAGUGGAUUACUACAAUGACUGUCGAGUACUUGACCUACCAACUCAUCGACGGCUACAAGUCUGGAGACCGAAACGUCACAGCCUUCUUCGACGCUUACGACUUUUACAUUGUGCCCUUUCAUAACCCUGAUGGCUUUGUGUACAGCCAGACCACAAACCGCCUCUGGCGCAAGAACCGCCAGCCGCGCUCCAACACGACCUGCAUAGGCACCGACGGCAACCGCAACUGGAACUUCCAGUGGGACUACCCCCUCGAGGACGGCAGCGUCUCCGCCGAUCCGUGCGGCGAGACCUUCCGCGGCCUCGCGCCGGGCGACACGACCGAGAACGUCGUACUCUCGGCCCUCUCGCGGGAGCUAGCCUCCACAGCUGCCAACUCCACCGGUGGCGGCGGCAUCAGACUCUUCAUUGACUGGCACAGCUACUCGCAGCUGAUCCUCCUCCCCUGGGGCUUCUCCUGCGACCCCGACGUGCUGCCCCGGAACCUCCAGGCGCAGCGGGACGUGGGCGCGGGGUACGCCGCGACGAUUGCGGCGACGAGCGGGGAGACCUACGAGGUCGGCCCGUCGUGUGAGAUUUUGUACUAUUCCACGGGCUCUGCGAGAGAUUUUCACCACGGGGCGCUGAAUGCGACGUACUCGUGGAGCGUCGAGUUGCGGCCCAAGAGCGGGGGGAGCGGAGGGUCUGGGUUCAUUCUGGCGCCCGAGUUCAUUUUACCCACGGCCGAGGAGCAUUGGGAGGGGAUCAAGUAUGUGCUGGGUGCUGUUGGCAAGUAA